AAUUCUAAUGUGACAAAUAUUAUAUCAUACACAUGUCAUUUCAUAUAGUAUAUAUUAAUAUUAUAUCAUACACUAUAGAUUAUUUCAUUAUUCUUAUAACCUUUACUAGUGCAGAACACUUUUUCAAAUUUCUCAGCCACUUUGCCUAAUUCAGGAAUGUCACUUUGUGGAGGACAGUAAGUGGUGAAGUAGUUUAAGUUCAAAUGGAGCAGUAUGAAGUUCUAGAACAGAUUGGUAAAGGUGCAUUUGGUUGUGCUUUACUUGUGAGGCACAAGCAUGAAAAGAAAAAGUAUGUCCUCAAGAAGAUCCGUCUUGCUCGCCAAACUGACAGAACCCGUAGGUCGGCCCAUCAGGAGAUGGAGCUUAUAUCUAAAGUUCGCAAUCCCUUUAUUGUGGAGUAUAAAGAUUCUUGGGUAGAAAAGGGUUGUUUUGUAUGUAUUAUCAUCGGCUAUUGCGAAGGAGGGGAUAUGGCCGAAACUGUAAAAAAGGCCAAUGGUGUUAACUUUCCUGAAGAGAAACUCUGCAAGUGGCUUGUCCAGUUACUGAUGGCUCUUGAUUACUUACAUGUAAAUCAUAUUCUUCAUCGUGAUGUCAAGUGUUCAAAUAUAUUCUUGACAAAGAAUCAAGAUAUACGUCUAGGAGACUUUGGUCUUGCUAAACUGUUGACAUCUGAUGAUCUUGCUUCCUCAAUUGUUGGGACUCCAAGUUAUAUGUGCCCAGAGCUUCUAGCGGAUAUACCCUAUGGCUCUAAGUCAGAUAUCUGGUCUUUGGGAUGCUGUGUUUACGAAAUGGCUGCUCACAGGCCAGCUUUUAAAGCUUUUGACAUACAAGCUUUGAUUCACAAAAUAAACAAGUCUAUUGUAUCUCCACUGCCAACUAUGUACUCUAGUGCUUUCCGAGGGCUUGUCAAAAGUAUGCUGCGGAAAAAUCCAGAGCUAAGGCCAACUGCUGGAGAGUUACUAAAUCAUCCACAUCUGCAGCCUUACAUUCUUAAAAUUCACCAAAAAUUAAAUAGCCCCAGAAGAAGUGCUUUUCCGCUCCAAUGGCCCGAUUCAAACUAUGGUAGGAGAACUCGAUUUAUGGAGCCGGAAUCUGUUUCUACUCUUUCUGACCAAGACAGAUACCUGUCACUAAACAAUCACAGGGCCUUGAAUCCUAGUAUUUCUGGAACUGAACAAAGUUCUCAAUAUUCUAUGCAAAGAGGUCAAGGAUUAUCCACUUGUUCAGAAGAGAAGCUCUACAACUUAUCUGCUGGUGGUGUCCGUGAUUACUGCAAUACUAACAAAUCAAAAGCCAUAAAGUCCUCAACUGGUGAGAGAACACCAAGACUUAGAAUAGCUAAGGAUUCUUCCGCUGCCAGAAGGCAGACACCGCCACCACCAAAGAUCCAUGUUACUGGUCCAAAGCGUGAAUCGCUUCCGGUACCUCGAGCACCAUCGGGUAAGUCUGCCAUGCCAACUCGGAGAGCAUCCCUUCCGCUUCACACAAGAGGAAGGAACACAACAAGCUUCUACACCAAUGUUGAUUACGCAGACUCUCCAAAUGUUUCUGUUGAUGCACCUCAGAUUGACAAGAUGGCAGAAUUCUCAACAGCCUCUUAUGAGGAUCCAUUCUUCCAUGUCAUUCGAAGAUCAUCAACAGCAUCAGCCAAACACUCUUCUACCUCAACAGGGAGUGCUGAUUGCACAAUCACAAAGGACAAGUGUACAAUCCUGGUGGACAAAAAAGUUACUGUCCCCACCAGCAUCACUGAUGCUGGCACUGAUGUUCGAUUUCCAAAGGGCAGUGCCAGUGAAUGCUCUAACUAUGUUACAACCGGUGUUUCAAGCCGUUCCUCAUCCGAGUCACGUCAGCAUCGGUUUGACACAUCAUCGUACCAGCAACGUGCUGAGGCAUUGGAGGGGCUGCUAGAGUUCAGUUCUAGACUGCUACAACAACAUAGGUUUGACGAGCUUGGUGUAUUGCUGAAGCCAUUUGGGCCUGAGAAGGUUUCUCCAAGGGAAACAGCUAUUUGGUUGGCCAAGAGCUUUAAACAAAACAGUGAUCUAAGGUUUCCUCAUACACUUGCAUGACCAAUUCCAUUGGAUAAUGUACAUUAAUGUUGUGCUAUAUUGGAUUGGUUUUGAUUAUUUGCGUUGGCAUUUUCCAUAAGAUGUACAUUAUUCUGGUAACGAGUAUGCUUUAUAUGGAAUAAUACUGCACAUCAAUUGUAAGAUUGAUUCACACACUGACGGUUCCUACAAAAAAUACAACCGGUUCAUCUUGUUUUUUUACAUA